GGACACAAGGACCUGUACAAGGAGGCCAUGAUGGAGGAGCACCAGCCUCUUAUAUCACAAGAAAUUCCCAGUAAGAAUUUUGAGGAAAACUUCAUGUUGUUACGAAAUUAUAAAGUAGAAGAUGAAGAUAUAAUGCAGCGCUCUUCAGGAGAAAACCUUAAUGUACAUCCAGGUCUUCACAGUACAGAAUUAUCAAAUAAUGAGGAACCUUUUCCUGAACAAUUGCACUUUGUUAUCACAGGUACAGCUCAGAAAAGGGGUAAAAGACUUCAGUGUGGUAAGCAGGUCACAAAAAGCUUGGACCUUUCUACACAAAAAAGAACUCGCACAGAGGAGAAGCCAUACUCCUGUUCAGAAUGUGGGAAGUGCUUCACAUAUAAAUCAAAUUUUAUUAUUCAUGAAAGAAUUCACACAGGAGAGAAACCAUAUCCAUGUUCAUACUGUGGUAAAAGUUUUACACAGAAAUCACAUCUUAUUACACAUGAGAGAAGUCACACAGGAGACAAACCAUAUUUAUGUUCAGAAUGUGGGAAAUGUUUUACACAAAAAUCAGCCCUUGUUAAUCAUCACAGAUUUCACACAGGAGAGAAGCCAUAUUCAUGUUCAGAAUGUGGAAAAUGUUUUACACACAAAUCAAAUCUUGUUAAACAUGAGAGAAGUCAUACAGGAGCGAAGCCAUAUUCAUGUACAGAAUGUGGGAAAUGUUUUACACAGAAAACAAAUCUUAUUAGACAUGAGAGAAACCACACAGAAGAGAAGCCAUAUUCAUGUUCAGAAUGUGAAAAAUGUUUUACACACAAAUCAGAUCUUGUUAAACAUGAGAGACGUCACAAAGGAGAGAAGCUGUUCUCAUGUUCAGAAUGUGGAAAUACUUUUAUACGAAAAUCAGAUCUUGUUAACCAUGAGAGAAUUCACACAGGAGAGAAACCAUUUUCAUGUUCAGAAUGUGAGAAAUGCUAUACACUGAAAUCAAGUCUUGUUAAACAUCAGAGAUUUCACACAGGAGACAAACCAUAUUCAUGCUCAGAAUGUGGUAAAUGUUUUACACAGAAAUCACAUCUUAUUACACAUAAGAGAAUUCACACAGGAGACAAACCAUAUUCAUGUUCAGAAUGUGGGAAAUGUUUUACACAAAAAUCAGCCCUUGUUAGUCAUCAUAGAUUUCACACAGGAGACAAACCAUAUUCAUGUUCCAAAUGUGGGAAAUGUUUUACACAAAAAUCAGCCCUUGUUAAACAUCAGAUAUUUCACACAGGAGAGAAGCCAUAUUCAUGUUCAGAAUGUGGGAAAUGUUUUAUACAAAAAUCAGCCCUUGUUAAUCAUCAUAGAUUUCACACAGGAGAGAAGCCAUAUUCAUGUUCAAAAUGUGGGAAAUGUUUUACACACAAAUCAGAUCUUGUUAAACAUGAGAGAACUCACACAGGAGCAAAGCCAUAUUCAUGUACAGAAUGUGGGAAAUGUUAUACACAGAAAGCAAAUCUUAUUAGACAUGAGAGAAGCCACACAGAAGAGAAGCCAUAUUCAUGUGCAGAAUGUGAAAAAUGUUUUACACACAAAUCAGAUCUUGUUAAACAUCAUAUAUUUCACACAGGAGACAAACCAUUUUCAUGUUCAGAAUGUGGGAAAUGUUUUACACAGAAAGCACAUCUUAUUACACAUGAGAGAAAUCACACAGGAGAGAAGCCGUAUUCAUGUUCAGAAUGUGGGAAAUGUUUUACAAAUAAAUCAGUCCUUGUUAAACAUCAGAGUUUUCACACAGGAGACACACCAUAUUCAUGUUCAGAAUGUGGGAAAUGUUUUUCACAGAAAUCAAAUCUUGUUACACAUCAGAGAUUUCACACAGGAGACAUACCAUAUUCGUGUUCAGAAUGUGGGAAAUGUUUUACAAAUAAAUCACAUCUUGUUACACACGAGAGAAGUCACACAGGAGCGAAGCCGUAUUCAUGUUCAGAAUGUGGGAAAUGUUUUACACACAAAUCAGAUCUUGUUAAACAUAAGAGAAUUCAUACAGGAGAGAAGCCAUAUUCAUGUAGAGAAUGUGGAAAAUGUUUUACACAGAAAGCACAUCUUAUUAGACAUGAGAGACGCCACACAGCAGACGCCAAUGAGAGAGAAGCCACUUGUGCCGCCAAUGCUGCAGUCUCUGCUUCACUCACACAGUCUGCGGGCUCUUCCUCCUAUGUCCUGACCAGAUUAAAUUAACCAGAUAAUAUUAAAUGCAAGUGAACAGGAAAGGAAAGGAACAUAUCCAGUCAGGAUCCUCAGCCUGUGGGCGUGCAGCUGAGUCUGCUUUUCAACGAGCAGGUAUGUACUAAACUGUCUUCCAUGGCACAGAAGAAAAGAUGGGUUUUAAAAAAUAAAAAACAGGAGAACCCUUAUAAAGAUAAAAGGAAAUCUUAUAUUUGUGCCAAGAAAUGUUGAUGUAUUAUUGGUAUUUUGUAUGUCUCAGAUAAGUACUGGCCAGUAGGUCCUCCGCUCAUUUAUGUUCUGCUUGUUGAAGAUCUAAUACAUUCAAUACAAUUUCUUCUUUUUAACAACAUAUUGUAUUAG